UCGGAGAUAAACAAAAAGAAAAAACAAAAUAAAAUAAAUAAUAAAGUCAUCGAUUCCCACUCGCGUGAUCGUCGUUUGAUACACGCGCUCGCCGGUCUUCUCUUUUCUUUCACCGUAUUUACAACGCAUCAUGACCCUCCUUCACGUUUCUUCUGUUGACAACCGGCGUAUCAUCUUCAUCGCCGUUCCUUUUUAUCUAUCUUUCCUUAUUCCCUUCAAACCCAUUUUCUCUUCCUUCCCAUGGCUCUGCCUCCGCCGGCGCGUCACCUUCCUUUCCGGGAAGAUUGCUGGAGCGAAGAAGCUACAUCGACGUUGGUCGACACCUGGGGCCGUCGUUUCCUAGAGCUUAAUCGUGGAAAUCUACGUCAAAAAGACUGGCAAGAAGUCGCAAAUAUGGUCAAUUCUCUCCACGGCCAUACCAAAAAGACUCGUCGUACAGAUGUUCAAUGUAAGAAUCGGAUCGAUACUCUUAAGAAGAAAUAUAAAGCCGAGAAAGCUAGGGUUUCCGCAUCUAACGGCGUUGUUUCAAGUUCUUGGUCAUUCUUUUCCACCCUUGAUUCUUUAAUUGGAUCCACCGUUGCUAAUAAGAAGACUACUACCCAUCGUCCAGUUUCACCUCUAGCGGCUGUUCCUUUGCGUGCGGUUGUGAUUCCUCAGAAGAGGCCUUCUUCUGCCCUUGAAGAUUCAUACUUUCGGAAGAAUUAUGAAGAAUCGGAUGAUGGGUCUGAGGAUUUAGGAUCUAGCGAUCGAAGCAAUGAUGGUGAUGGUGAUGGGAUGAGGUGUAUGGCUAAGGCGAUUGUAAGGUUUGGGGAGAUUUAUGAGAGGAUUGAGAAAGAGAAACAAAGACAGAUGAUUGAAUUAGAGAAACAGAGGAUGCAGUUGAUGAAGGAUUUAGAAUUUGAGAGAAUGCAGGUUUUCAUGGAUAUCCAAGUUAAGCUUGAGAAAGUCAAACAGCAAUCCAAACGCUCUGAUAAUUUGUAGCUAGCUUGGCAAGAUGAAGAUAGAAUCAACAACUGAAGAAGAUUGAUCAACUCUUUUGGUAGAUAGAUAAAUAGAUGUUAUUAUUACCCAUUUUGAUCUUUUUAACUUAGAUAUAUCUAUUAUUAUUACUAUGAAACUUAAAAGUUUUAGUUCUAGAUUAGACAUGACUGUAUUUUGUUGUAUAUAACUACUCUACAUUUCCAUUUUUAUUGAAUAGGCAUUUUUAAAUUUAUU